AAGAGUCAAAAAUGAGUUCAUAGAGAGUCACCAUCUCUAAGAAAAAUGGACAACAUGAAAAGCACUGAAAACCAGGAAAAAUCAGCAAUCUUGAUUAUGAGAAAAACCCACAAAUCAAAUUAAAAAGAAAAAGAAAACAGUUGGUUCAAUUCCCAUUAACAAGGCCAGUGUCUUCCUUCUCAGUUGGAUCCAAAAAGCUCCCAUUAUAAUAUUUCCUUCAUUUUUUUCACUCACUGAAUGAUAUAUAAAGCGACUGUUACUUCAAUCCCCUGUUUUAGAUUCAAGAUAUUGGCUUCAAUGUAAAUAUUUCCAAACAAUUUUUUUACGGAUUUUGGCUUUUUGGGUCAGUUUCUUUUGUUCAUAGCUACUUCAAAUCCAUUUCGAAACGGAUGUUUCGUUUUGUUUUUGGGUUGUUUUCACCAAACACAGCUCUGGGUUUUUUCAUUACAUUGCUUUCUUUUCACUGUUCUUCGUGGGUUUGUUCUUGCUUCAAGUUAUAAUUUCCCAAUUUCAACUCUUUUUUUUUUUAUUUCGUUUUCAUCUGUUUCUUCCUCAUUUGUCGAUGUUGAAUAAAUAACUUUGUCGUCAUUUGAGGAAGUGAGAUUGGGUUUUUGAGUUUGUAUGGGAUGGAGGAGGUUCUGAUUCUUCAGCUGGUGAUUUUUUGUCUCUUCAUUGGUGCUAAUGCUUCUGAGCUUGGGGAAAUUGCUGGAUUCAGAAACUCUCCACCCCCUUCAACUUUUUCUGCAUUUCCUCCAGUUUUAGGAUUCAGCAACAUUAAUGGACCAAGCUCAGUGCCUCAGCAAAACGAGUCAACUGUGCCACUACCGGUUAUGUACCCACCAAUUGCUUCAGGUCCUUUGCCUGAUACAAUCAAAGGGUCUAUUCCGUCUGCUUCACCUCAUGCUUCGACCGAGUCGCCACCAUUUAAUAGUAUGCCUCAGCCACUUUUACCAGCUCAACCAAAUGCUCCAUCGAUUUCACCAAUUACACCAGAGCCAGAAGGUUCAGCUGUAUCAUCUUCAAAUUCUCCACAUUAUCCUCCAGCAAGUCCCUCGCCACAUGAGCAAACAAAUACUUCAUCAAAUGUAGCUCCAACCCCUGAGCCAAUUUCUCCAGCGAGCAAGUUGCCUAAGGACUCACCGGUUAGUCAUCCGGUAUUUCCUGUAAGACCUCCAUCCAUAUUACCAGAGCCCAAUAUCUCUCCAGCAAUAGCUAUUUCCCCGAAAGCUGGUGACAAAAAGAGAUUAGAAGCACCAGCAGCCACACCUUAUAAUACACUUCCCAAGUAUAUGUCGCCAGUGAAUCAUUCCUCAGAAGAAGCUCCUUCCAGUCACAAUCAUUCUCGCGACACUCAACCGCCGAUCCUUCCACCACAAAAAGCUCCAUUUCAUAGAGUAAAUCUUUCUCCAACUUCUCCUCCUUUGCCCUCCAAUUAUAAGCAUCACAGAAGCAAGAAUCAUAUCAGUCACGCACCUGCACCAUCAUAUCCAAUUUCCUCCCACACAACAAAAGCACCAGGUCCAGUUAUUUCUACAGCACAACAUUCACCAGGAAGAAGACACCAUUCUCCACCCCCGAAAUCAGAACCUUCGCCAAUAUCUCCUUUACAUUAUGCUCCGCCACCACUUGUGGUGCAUGUUUCACCUUCUCCUUCACCACACCAAAAAAUAUCUGGGCAUACUAGAAGACAUUUUUAUCCUCCUAAAGCUUCCCCAUCGAAACCUUCGGCAAAAAGCCCGAAGAUGUCACCAAUUCAUACUUUGCCUCCUCCACCUCCCAAUGAAGAUUGUUUGACUACCCAGUGCAUCGAGCCAUAUACAAAUACUCCCCCAGGAUCUCCCUGCGGUUGUGUUUGGCCGAUGCAAAUUGGACUACGCCUUAGUGUUUCGCUAUAUACCUUCUUCCCUCUGGUCUCAGAGCUGGCAGCGGAAAUUGCUGUUGGGGUGUUUGUAAAGCAAAGCCAAGUUCGCAUCAUUGGAGCCAAUGCAGCUAACCAGCAACCGGAUAAGACUGUUAUUCUUAUUGACUUAGUGCCACUCGGCGAAAAAUUUGACAAUACUACAGCCUUUUUGACUUAUCAAAGGUUUUGGCAUAAGAAGGUUUCAAUCAAAGCUUCCUAUUUUGGGAACUAUGAAGUAUUAUAUGUUCGAUAUCCAGGUUUACCUCAAUCACCUCCUUCUGGAGACUCAGGAAUAGAAAACGAGCCUUAUUUCAGUAAUAGUAACGACGCGAGGGCAGUAAAACCAAUUGGUGUUGAUGUGCAGAACAGACAGCACAAAAAUAAGCUAAGUGGUGGUAUAAUUGCCAUUGUUGCGCUAUCAACUACUGUUGCCGUGGUCUUAUGUGUUGCAACUGCUUGGAUUUUACUCUUCAAACGAAAUGAUGGCCUUUGUCAGCCAAAACCAACUCCACAUGUUUCAUUAUCCUCCCUCAAUAAGCCAUCAGGUGCUGGUGGAUCAGUUAUGGCAACCAUGCCUAGUUCUGCCUCUUUGUCCAUCGGAUCUAGCAUUGCCCCAUAUUCAGGAUCAGCCAAGACAUUCAGUGCCCCUGACAUUGAGAGAGCCACCAAUAAUUUUGAUCCUUCAAGAAUAUUGGGAGAGGGGGGCUUUGGACGUGUUUAUAGAGGCAUUCUCGAAGAUGGUACGGAAGUAGCAGUCAAAGUUCUCAAGAGAGAUGAUCUUCAGGGUGGUCGAGAAUUCUUGGCUGAAGUUGAAAUGCUUAGUCGUCUCCACCAUAGAAAUUUGGUCAAGUUGAUUGGAAUAUGUACCGAGGAACGUAGCCGCUCCCUAGUGUAUGAACUUAUUCCAAAUGGCAGUGUGGAAUCUCACUUGCAUGGUGUUGAUAAGGAAACUGCCCCACUUGAUUGGGAAUCCCGGGUCAAGAUAGCACUCGGCGCUGCUAGGGGUUUAUCCUAUCUACAUGAGGAUUCAAGUCCUAGAGUCAUACAUCGAGACUUCAAAUCCAGCAAUAUUUUGUUAGAACAUGAUUUUACACCAAAAGUUUCUGACUUUGGAUUGGCAAGAACUGCAAUGGAUGAGGAAAGCAGACACAUAUCGACACGUGUCAUGGGAACUUUCGGAUACGUAGCGCCAGAAUAUGCGAUGACUGGUCAUCUACUUGUGAAGAGUGAUGUUUAUAGCUAUGGAGUUGUUCUUCUUGAGUUACUAACUGGGAGGAAACCAGUAGAUAUGUCGCAACCGCCUGGUGAAGAAAAUCUGGUUUCUUGGGCGCGUCCUCUACUCACAAGCAAAGAAGGCCUAGAUGUUAUAAUUGACAAAUCAAUAGAUUCUAAUGUUCCUUUUGAAAAUAUUGCUAAAGUAGCAGCAAUUGCUUCAAUGUGUGUGCAACCAGAGGUGUCACAUCGACCUUUCAUGGGUGAGGUAGUUCAAGCAUUGAAACUAGUUUGCAACCAAUGCAACACAACUCGAGAAACAAGCUCACAUGCUGGUUCGAGCCCAGAGAGUUCAACUAUCGAUACAAAUGAUGAUGAAGCAUCAAGUUCAAGAUACAUGCUAGACUCUUUCCAUAGUGAAUAUUUAGUACCUAACUCAUUUCCAGGUCUAGAUAGCAUCGAUACACAUCUCUCAAUUUCAGACCUGUUAAAUACUUCGAUCGGUAAUGGGAAACAAGAAUCUAGAUCACUUGAAAGAUGCUUCAGUUCUAGUCCUCAUAGAAUCGGAAAAGGUAAGAGAAAUUUUUGGGAAAGAAUGAGAAGAUACUCGGGAAAUAGCAUAAGUGAACAUGGUAUGCCUACUAAAACAUGGUCAGGUUCUACUUAACACAUUAACACACACACCCUUCCAUACCUUUUGAUUUCGAAGCCGACUCCUUUCAAUCCAAUCCUCCCUAAGAUGAACAACACAUACUAAUCUCGAAUUCUCGACUAAACUGGCUUACAAAAUAGCUUGGCAGUGCUACUUGCAACAACUUGUUGAGAUUGUGGAGCAAAAGUUUAAUAAUUCGAGUGAUGAAUUGGGGCGUACAUCAUUAGAGUGAAGAGUUGUCCUCUUGAGUUCUUUUUUUCUUUUUUUCUUGUUCGAAUUUUUCAGAAGUUGGUGUUGCAGAAUAAAUCAUUAGAGUGAAGAGAAUACUGUAAAUUUCGAAGUUGUUUUUUUUUCUUUCUAUUCUUGGCUUUUUCAAUCAAUCAAUCAGUAUAUAGAACACUUUGCAUCAAAGGCAAACUAUUAGCAUUGCCUCAACCCUGGAAUCUAAUCUUUUUUUCAAAUGUGUAA